AUGAAUAAGCAACUACCAUUUGCCGAUGCUGCUACUAUAGGUAUGUAUAUCAAGUCCAUUAAUCAUCUUACAAUGAUCAAAUUACUAACUAUCAUCGCAGUUCGUGCACAUCAAAAGGAUGCGUACUUCGAGUCUUUGUACAAAUCUCUGUUACAAGACAUUCUCCAAUUCAUCAAGGGCCAACGUUUCAUUAACGCUUAUCCACAAGAAAUUGGUGUUCUAGCAAAGGCUUUGUAUUUACUGUUGACCACAUUAUUGGGAGCACGUACAUUGGGUGAAGAGUAUGUUGAUUUGGUUUAUGUGAAUAGAACAGGAAAGACACUUCCGAGAUUAUUGCCCAGACUAGGAUUUGUGCUCUCUUACGCUUUAAUUCCAUAUAUCAUCAGUAAAAUAGUUAAGCGGUUAAAGAAUCAGGAAGAAACAGGUGGACUGUGGAGCAGCUAUUACAAAGUGUUGGAUACAUUUUUGAAUUUACAUGUUGCAUUGUUCUAUUUCCAAGGUGAGUUUUACUCACUUUCAAAACGUAUUUUUGGAUUGCGUUAUGUUUUUGGCCAUCAUAAACAACCUGAACAGAUUCAGAGCGGUAACUAUUCGUUAUUAGGUGGUAUCAUAGUAUUGCAGUUCAUUGUCAAAACACUCAUGAAAUUGAAAACAAAGGAGACUGAGGAAGCUUAUGAAACCAACGAUGAUGAUUCAAAAAUCAAGUCAAUAAACCAAUUGUCCCAAUUAAGUGAAAAUUAUUCUCCUGAGUUUAUUAUUGAUUUAUCUGAUGAAAAACAGUUACCUUAUUUGCCUGAAUCGUCAAGAAGUUGUAUGUUGUGCUUAUCCCCAAUGGUGAAUCCUUCUGCCGCCAACUGUGGGCACAUGUUUUGCUGGGACUGUAUAGUAGAUUGGAUCAGAGAACAUCCCGAAUGUCCAUUAUGUCGUCAACAAUGUUUAGAACAACACUUGUUACCGUUGAGAUGA